UGCAGUAUUUUCUUGACGAUACCGUUUGUUCUGAGAACAACAAACCAGAACGCAAACAAUAACAACAUAAAAACACAUAAAAGAUGCUAUUGCGCGGGUGAAUCAUCGCUAAAUAAGCAACAAUCACAUCCUAAAGUUGAACUCGGCGGGGGCAGCUCCAGGGGCACGCAAUCGACCCCGGAAACAUGUCAUCGGAUCCAAUUGCUGCGGAAUGUGCGCACCUUGUGGCGCUUAAACAGUUCUUGGCUGCUACGGCGGAAAAGGCGGCCGCCGUAAGCGAAGAGGCUACAAGUCGCAAUUGUGUAACCCGUACGAAUAAUGACACCUACAAAGUCUCCAGUGAUGAACGCCACGCCGAAUUGGUUUCGUCCAUUUGGCAGCAAUUGGUGCUGCGUGGGUGUCCGGAAGUGUUCCGGGUAAAGCUGCUUCACAAAUCUGUGCUUCAGGUGGAGCAUGAUCUAUGCUACGCCAAGGAAUGCGAGGUCUCUGGAGAGGGUCCGCUCCACUAUGAUCUUCUCAGGCUACAAAAGUUUGCUGCAAGCGAGUUGGAAAAGUUUCUCAUCAAGUUGACCGACAACUCGGAGAUGGAGCACCUGAAGGAUUAUGCCGACGAGGGCACUAUUUGUCGGACGGCCUCAGAGUGUGUGGGCCACGUGGAGGUGGCUCCUUGUCACACGUCAGCCGCUGUGAAGAACAAGCCCCGGAAAAUGGAGGAUCGCCACGUUUGCCUGGAGAGAUUUGGAGCAAUAUUUGGUCUAGAAGACAGGGAUGCUCGGUUCUUUGGUGUAUUCGAUGGCCAUUCCGGCUCCCUCUCGGCUAGCUAUGCGACCAGUCAGCUUCCCCAGCUGUUGGCGGAUCAGCUUAAAGCAAAUCCCGAAUCCUCUACCUCCCCCUCCAGUGACUUAUAUCGCGAUGCCUUCGAGUCGGCCUUUCUGCUGGCAGAUGAUCGCUUCUCGCAGAAGAAAAUCACCAGCGGCACCACCAGUGUUUGUGCCCUAAUCACAAAGGCUCAACUCUGCAUAGCCUGGGUUGGGGACUCCAAGGCCCUCUUGGUGGGCAAGCGAACGCAACUGCAGGUGGUGAAACCGCACAAGCCAGAACAUCCGGAUGAGAGAAGGCGAAUAGAAGCGGCGGGCGGCACAGUUCUCCACGCCCAGGGCCAGUGGAGGGUGAACGGCAUCCUGAACGUGGCUCGCUCCAUUGGCGAUUACAGUUUGGAAGCAGUGAUUGCGGAGCCCGAUUUUGUCGAUGUGCAGCUGAAUGAGGCUCAUGAUUUCCUGGUCCUCGGCACCGACGGCCUAUGGGACCAUGUGUCGGAGUCCUUUGUCAUUGACACCGUUUACGAGUCCCUGGCCGAUCCCACAACGAAGCUGGACGACAUUCCGAAGCUACUGAUUGAGGCCGCCAAGGAGAAUGACUCGCAGGACAAUAUCACGGCGGUGGUGGUGCUACUGAAGCCGCGAAUACAAAUCGGCAAUGAUUAGGAUGCGGAGAGAAGCCUUAAUAGACUGCAGCUGGAGCUACGGAAAUCCAAACAUCGAAAUUUCUCAAUUGUUACCCGCGCUGGGUGGGUACGGGAAAUCAAAUCUUAAUAUUUUCUUUAUUCGGACACGUUUUUGGUUUAUUAUUUUGUUAAAACGUAAAUAACUCAAAGCGUUCGACAUUCUCACGUGCCUAGCGUGGUCCUUGGACCGGGGAUUGUCCGGCCAGGCCACUUGUUUGGUUGCUCUUGAACAAGCUCAAUCAAAAUAAGUUAAGAGAAGAUCCAAGUUUUUGAGGCAGCUGUUGUUAACCGACACAAAAUUAUCACACAAAACGCACACAAAUGUUUAUAUAUAAUAUUUUAAAUUAGCAUUAGCCUGGAAGCACAUUUAUAUUUAUACAAGUUCACGUUGUUCACGGCCUCCAGUGCUUCCCGCUGUACGAUAAAAAGCAAAGCCAAGUACACAUAGACAUAGCCACGUACAUAUAUACACCUGCAACGAUAUUCAAGGAUCCCACGCAGAUUAAGUACCUUUUUAUACAUUGAAAGUUAGGAAACCAUGCAUUUUAUCGAGCAAGCCAAUCACCUUUUUAAUGAUACGCACCAAAAUUGUUUAAGAAAAUUAUUUAAUAUAGUAAAAAUAAAAUGUCACACAAA